CAUAAUUUUACAACAGUGAGAGACGUAUUGCUUUGCUUCUGCUGUAUAUAUUAAUCCAACACUCGGCUCAAUUCCCUCCCCCUUCCCUUUCUGUCUUCUUCGUCUGUGGUAAUAUAAUAAAUGAAGGAAACAGCAGGCGAUGAUAUGAGGAAGCGAAGUGAAUCAGAACUUGCCCUUCAAGACCUUAUAAAGAAGACUGCUGAGGAUACCAAAGGUGAAACCCAAUUAAGGGAUUCUUCUGAUAACCCUAAUCCUUUUCUCGGACAGCUUGAUGAUUGUCCUUUUCUGGACUUCUCUUCUCCUGAUCUUUGUUUCCCCUUCAGAACUCAUCGGAUACAAGAGAUGAUGGAUAGUUUGUCAAAUUGUGGAUUGGGAGAAUCGCUUUUGUGGUCUCAGACAACUGCGAAGACGGAGCAAUCCAGAAUUGAGGCCCAAUCUUCAGUUUGUGUGAGCAGUCCGAUAUCACCAAAUAAUAAUAAUAUGAAUAUGAAUACGAAUACGAAUACGAAUAACAAAGCAGAAGCUAAAAGUGUAAGAACAAGAAUAUCCACAAGUACUUCUGAGCAAACAGAUGAUGAAGACGAAGCCGGUCCUUGUGAACAGAGCACCAACCCUGUUGAUAUAAGACGCAUUAGGAGGAUGGUUUCAAAUAGGGAGUCAGCCAGACGAUCAAGAAAAAGAAAACAAGCUCAUCUGCAAGACAUUGAAUCCCAAGUUUAUCAACUCAGCGGUGAGAAUUCAUCUCUUUACAAGCAGCUCUCAUUUGCUACUCAACAAUUUCGGGAUGCUGAUACCAACAAUCGUGUCCUUAAAUCUGACGUCGAAGCUUUAAGAGCUAAGGUGAAGUUGGCGGAGGAUAUGGUGACUCGAGGCGGCUCUUUAAGUUGCAGUAUGAAUAUUCAGCUGCUCCAAUCCAUUAACAAUCUCCCCAAUGUAUCCCCAACCAUCACUAUAAACGCUCCUCCUCCUCUUGAUUCUACCAGCGAUGCUGUUAGCUCUUUAACUGACCUUUGGCCUUAGAUUACCAUCCUUCUUCUUCUUCUUAUGUUAUUGUUAUUAUUAUUUUUAAUAUUCUUACUUGCUUGUUUUUGGACAUGCUGAUGAUCCCUCAGGAGUUUCAUUAUAUCAAAUGAUUAUAGAUCAACAUAACAAUUCACAUUUUCA